AUGUGCUGGUGGACCCAUCAGGCUGGUGGACACAGGUGGCUGGUGGACCCUCAGGAUGGACCUCAGGUGGCUGGUGGACCUCAGGUGGCUGGGGGACCUCAGGUGGCUGGUGGAUGGCUGGUGGACCUCAGGUGGCUGGUGGACCCAUCAGGUGGCUGGUGGACCCCAGGUGGCUGGCUGGAGGACCCAUCAGGUGGCUGGGACCCAUCAGGUGGCUGGGACCCAUCAGGUGGUGGACCCAUCAGGUGGCUGGUGGAACCCAUCAGGUGGCUGGUGGACCCCAGGUGGGGACCCAUCAGGUGGCUCGUGGACCCAUCAGGUGGCUGGUGGACCCUUCAGGUGGCAUGGACCCUCAGGUGGCUGGUGGACCCCAGGUGGCUGGUGGACCCUCAGGUGAAUGGUAGACCCCCAGGUGGCUCUGUAGACCCCUCAGGUUGCCAGUGGACCCUCAGGUGGCUGGUGGACCCUUCAGGUGAAUGGUUGGACCCUUCAGGUGGGCUGGUGGACCCUCAGGUGAAUGGUGGACCCCUCAGGUGGAAUAGUGGACCCUCAGGUGGCUGGUGGACCCCUCAGGUGGCAGGUGGACCCAUCAGGUGGCUGGUGGACCCCUCAGGUGGCUGGUGGACCCAUCAUGUGACUGGUGGACCUCAGGUGGCUGGUGGACCCUCAGGUUGCUGGUGGACCCAUCAGGUGGCUGAUGGACCCCAGGUGGCUGGUGGACCCAUCAGGUGGCUGGUGGACCCAUCAGGUGGCUGGUGGACCCAUCAGGUACAGGACCCUUCAGGUGGCUGUGGACCCAUGAGGUGGCUGGUGGACCCCUUCAGGUGGCUGGUGGACCCAUUGGGUGGCUGGUGGCCCUCAGGUGCUGAUGUACCCUGGUGGGUGGCUGGUGGACCCAUCAGGUGGCUGGUGGACCUUCAGGUGGCUGGACCCUCAGGUGGCUGGUGGACCCCUCAGGUGGCAGGUGGACCCAUCAGGUGGCUGAUGGACCCUUCAGGUGGCUGGUGGACCCAUCAGGUGGCUGGUGGACCCAUCAGGUGGCUGGUGGACCCAUUAGGUGGCUGGUGGACCCUUCAGGUGGCUGAUGGACCCCCAGGUGGCUGGUGGACCCUUCAGGUGGCUGAUGUACCCAUUGGGUGGCUGGUGGACCUUCAGGUGGCUGGUGGACCCAUUGGGUGGCUGGUGGACCCUCAGGUUGCUGGUGGACCCAUCAGGUGGCUGAUGGACCCUUCAGGUGGCUGGUGGACCCAUCAGGUGGCUGGUGGACCCAUCAGGUGGCUGGUGGACCCAUUAGGUGGCUGGUGGACCCUUCAGGUGGCUGAUGGACUCCCUCAGGUGGCUGGUGGACCCUUCCAGGUGGCUGAUGUACCCAUUAGGUGGCUGGUGGACCCUUCAGGUGGCUGGUGGACCCAUUAG